AUGGCGUUCCGACUUCAAGACGCUCAAACUAAAAUGCAAAUGCAUUGAAUACUAAUAGUUUUACGUUAAUUUUAAGAAAUAAACAAUGGAGUUUGAUAAUAUUAUAGUGAAAGAAAAUCCAGGGCUAUGCCGAUGUUGUCUUUCAGAAGGUUGUUACAAAGAACUGGGUACCGAAUACCCCUGGAUGGACGAGACGGAAGUUUAUGCCGAUAUGUUGUUAGAGUGUUUUGAUAUUAGUAUAUCACAGCACAUAGAAGGGCCUAAUGGUACAAACCGAUUAAUAUGUGAGGUGUGUAUCACAAGGCUGAGAGAUGCAUGUAACUUUAAGAAGCAGGUCAUGGACUGUGAGAAGAAAUUUGUUGAUAUGAUUGGCAGAGGAGAAUUUAAACAAAAAGCUUUACCAAUAGAGGGACCCAAUAUGAAAUCUGAAAUAAAUCUUGAGGAGCACACUGAUGUCGUUACGGAAAUUGAAUAUCUAGAAGAUGGCAUAGACUAUGAUGAUGACAAAGAUGAUCCAACGCAAGACAUUACUGUGGAAACGUUGCCGGUUAAACCAAAACGUGGUCGACCCAAAAAGAACGCAGCCAAAGUGGAAAAGAAAGCGAAAGAGGAGAAACCUCGGACUUCUAAAUCGACACCCAAAGAUGAAAACGCGGAUGGACCAUGCGAGCACUUUACCUCUGAGAGACGCAGGAAAAAUAUGCAAAUACUCUUCAACAGCACAACAAUAAUGCCUUUCAAAUGGAAAGGCCGAUUCUUGUGUUUCUAUUGCGCUAAAGAUUACACGGUUUAUUCGGAAUUCAAAAAGCACACUAAAUCACACGGUCUCUGCACGACCAAGGACUAUUCUUUGAAAAUUAUCAAAGGCAGCCACAUUGAGAUCAAAUUGGACAUUUCGGACAUGAAUUGCGAGAUUUGCAGUGAACCGUUCAACAGCUUUGACGAAAUUGUCAAUCAUUUAAUUGGAAAACACGAUAUGGACUAUGAUAAAACAAUUGAUAUACCUUUCACUGAAUACAGAUUAGUGGAUAUGAAAUGUCAGUUUUGUGGCAAGGAGUUCUCUUAUUUUGGAUAUCUUAUUAGUCAUUUGAAGUUAGCUCAUCCACAGAACAAUUUUAUAUGCGACGAUUGUGGCGCGACGUUCAAUAUGAAACGUGAUUUGGCGGCUCAUUUAAAAUAUUUUCACAGAGCGGGCGGGUAUCCGUGCGAGCACUGUUCUGAAAUCUGCCAUUCGCACUAUGAUCUGAAGAAACAUCAAAAUAGUUAUCAUUUUAGAAGGUGUACUUUGUGCGACUCCAGCUUUGCGUCCUACCAUUUGUUGCAGAAGCAUAUUCAGAGUGAACACGCUAAAGUUAAAAACAACAAAUGCCCAUAUUGCGCAAAGAAGUGCCAUUCGUCGCUGGGCGUCAAAUUGCACAUAAAAACGUGCAAACUGAAAGUGACCCUGAAACCUCAGGUGCCACAACCGUCGGAAAAUUUUAUCGAGCCGAAGAAAAAGCAGAACAUAUUGCAGAUCAGACAAAACAUCCUCAGUGUGUUGAACAUGUCCACCGUGGUGCCAUUUAAAUUCUUCGGCAAGUUUUCCUGUUUCUACUGCUCUAUAAAGUUUGCUGAAUUCGAUGAUCUCAAAACUCAUACAGCUGUGGAACAUCCUGUUUGCGAUAUAACCUCCAAAUGUAUGAAGAAGUGCAAAGGCGAAAGGACCACAGUGAAGGUUGAUAUAUCGUCUCUGUCGUGUAAGCUUUGCUGCCAAUCAAUGGACAAGCUGGAGGUCCUGAUCGACCAUUUAAUAUCAAAGCACAACGCGCCCUACGAUAAGACAAUGAAGAGUUGCUUUGAACCGUUUCGUAUAGUGAAAGACAACAUCGCCUGUAUGUCCUGCCCGAGCGUGUUCAGAUAUUUCGCAACUCUAUUGCGCCAUAGCAAUUCGGAACACAGCAACAACAGCCGCAUAUGCGACUUUUGCGGGCGCAGCUUCAAAAACGUGACCAAUUUGAACGUGCACAUAUCGUACGCGCACACGGGCGCUUGCGAGUGCGCCAUUUGCGGCAACCAGUACAAGAAUCAGUGGUGUCUGAACCGGCACAAGGCGAAGUGCCACAACGCGAAGGACUUCAAAUGCCCAAAUUGCCCUGAACUGUUCCCGUCCCAAUAUCACCGGCAGAAGCAUUUGAUAAAGGUCCACGAUAUAGGCCACAAAUGCACGUACUGCGGUCGGAUGUUCACGAGGAACUCCUUUAUGAAGGAUCACAUAAGGAGGACGCAUUUGAAGGAGAAGAAUGUGGAGUGCUCGAUUUGCGGCGAAAAAUUCUUCGACAACUAUUUGCUCAGGAUGCACAUGGUGAAACACGAAGGGGUGAGGAAGUUUAGUUGCGACGUGUGUUGCAAGUCGUUUCUGCGCAGGAGUUCAAAUACCGACCCAACGGGGGACAAACAAAAGAAAAAGGAAAUGGUCCGAAAAUUAUUAAUCAAAAGGCGUAACAUUGAGUAUGUUUUGCAAUACAGUAACGCAACCCCAUUCUUAUAUUACAAAGCACGAUAUAGAUGCUUCUAUUGUACGGAACCCAUGAAAGACCCUGACAUGCUUCGCGAACACACAUUGAAAAUGCAUCAGUUCGCUAACCUGGAACUGGUGAUACACGACCGGACGAAAAACAAUAGAAACUGGGACGCCGCUGUUAAAAUUGACAUUUGUAAUCUGUCCUGCAAACUGUGCCCCCAAAUGUUCAAGGAUCUGGAACAGCUCAUACACCACCUAAUCAUCGCACACGACGCGGAAUAUGACAUGAGCGUACCCAACUGUCUCCUGCCCUUUAGAUUAAAGAAAGACCACCUCACGUGUCCGAUUUGUGAUACGAAAUUCGUCUCGUUCGAAUACCUCCUGCGGCACGCUAAUAAGUACCACCUGUCCCACGAUUACAUAUGUGACGUAUGCGGGACCAGCUUCCAAGGUGUGAACCAUCUGCGAAUGCACAACCGAUACUACCACAAGGAGGGCGGCUACACCUGCGACUACUGCGGCAUCAAGCUGGAGACGCUGUCGAAGAAAAUGCUGCACGAAAAGAACAUACAUCUAGUCAAUCUGUUGACCUGUCCCUACUGUCCGGAGAUAUUCAAGAGUCCAUACUUCAAGAAACUGCACCUCGCCAAUGUUCACGGGCUGGCGGAUUUGAAGAUAAAAUGCCGGUAUUGCCCGAAGGUGUUCCUGCAGGAGGGCAUCAUGUCGCGGCACAUGCGGCGGGUCCACUUGCGCGAGAGGAACGUGGAAUGCCCGAUAUGUGGGGACAGGUUCUUCGGACAGUACGACGUGAAGCUGCACAUGGUGAAACACAACGGGGACAAGAAGUUCAUCUGCUCGGUUUGCGGCAAAAUGUUCGGCAAGCGGAGCAACUUGAACAAGCACGCCCACUUGCAUACGGGCAGGAAGGAUUACAGUUGCCGUAUGUGUGGGAAGGAAUUCGCCCACCGGUCCAAUUUAAGGUUCCACUAUAAGAAGAAGCACCCGCAGUACGUCGAGGAAACGGCGGUGGUUGAUGAGAAUGCUUUUGUGAAUAUCGAGUUGGGAAUGGAUUUCGAUGUCGUCGAGGAGACUGUGUAGCAUAUAUUCGACUAUCUGUCCGUCCCAGCUUCGCCCGUGGUACUUAUAUAGCCUAUGUUACUCAGUGCUUUCCAAUGGUGAAAGAAUUUACAUACAAAGCCUAUAGCACUCCUAGCCUACUACGUUUGAUCGGUAAAAGAACUUUUGAAGUCGGUCCAGUAGUUCCUGAGAUUAGAGCGUUCACACAAACAGACUUUUCAAGUUUAUAUUAUUACUUAUUAGUGUGGAAGAACUGUAAAAUGUUGGUUUAGUUGUUAUAUAGUAACGAUAUGUUCCUGAUGUGAAAGUGAAGUUUAAAUAGAUAGACAAUUAUAGUACAUGUAUAUAUGUGUACUUUGAUUUGUUUGUUUUUUUUUAU